AUAACAUCAAAUCCUACUGCCUUAAUUGCCCUACAACAGCUGGCCUCCAUAUCAUCGGCUCAGUGUAUGGAACGUUUAGUGCCCAGUUUACCCAAAGAUCUAUUGGCCCAAAAUGAAACAUUAUUGUAUGGUGGUCGCAAGAAAUUACCACGUCAAAGUACAAAACGUAUGUCGCAAUAUGAGACAAAUCGUUGUCCGCUCUGUUCGCGGGUCUAUCGUUCACAGGCAUUUCUAAACGAGCAUAUGCGCAAGGAACAUUCAAUAUUGAUAUAAAUCUUUUGAAACAAAAUGGAAUUGAAUGCAAAGAUACACAGUUUAUCAUCAUCCCGAUGUUUCGUUACAUAUGACUCCAUAUCAACAACGUUAUCCCUGUAAUAUUUGUGGUAAAAGUUAUUUACGUAAAGCUCAUCUAAAACGUCACGUUACGAAUGAAUGCAUUGGUGUGCCACCGAAAUUUGCUUGUGAAUAUUGUUCAUCACGUUAUAAACGUAAGGAGGAUCUUAAGCGACAUAUGUUAAUGGUUCAUAAAAUUGAUUUGCGUAGGACUCUACAGUCCAAGAAUAAUUAUACUUUAGAUGAUAUGCCAUUAUCGAUCAGUUAUUAUGGUAAUACAAAUGCUGCAGCACAACCGCCUCAUCUUCAAACAUCUAAUCAUCCACCUCCUCCUAUUCCACAAUCGCAUCAUCAUCAUCGUCGUCACACUUCUUCGGAACCACACUUUGAUGAUCAGGCAUAUUUUCUGGAUUUCUAAUCGUAUAGUUAGCAGUCUAAUGUAUUACUUAUAAAGAGUACAACAGGUUAAAGUACAAAUUUUUGCAAGUAUAGAGCACAUUCAAAAUCGGUAUUGUUUUCUGAAAUAUUUUUUUUUUUUUUUUCAAAAUUUUUGUAAAAGACGAAAAAAUAUGGAAUGAAUUUAUCCUUAUGUUUAGAGUAAGUAAAAUUUAAAUUAAUUCUAUUCUAUAUAAGUUAUUAUCUGAUAGUUUUAGAAGUAUUUAAAUAAAAUGUGAAAUUUUUAUAUUAAAAUAGAAAAAAUA